AAAUGGUGUUGAAGAAACAACCAGCCUGCAGACUCCAACCACACAAUUGUCAACCACAGAAGGACAGAGUGCAUCAGAACUCACUACAUCCACAACAGUAAUAUCUUCAACUAGUGUGGAAGAAACAACAAGCCUGCAGACUCCAUCCACCGAAAUACAGUCCUCACCUUCAACAACAGUUACCUCUCAAACUUCACCAUUUUCAACCACAGAAGGACAGAGUCCACCAGAACUCACUACAUCCACAAAAGUAAUACCUUCAACUAAGGUAGAGGAAACAACAAGCCCGGAAACAUCAAGCACUCUUUCUAUUUCAACCACAGAAAUACAAUCUUCACCAUCAAUAACAGGUACAUCUCCAUCUUCAACAUCAUCUACCACAGAGCGACAAAUGAUAGCAGAAUUAUCUGCAUUCACAACAGAAACAUCUUCAGCUAGUGUAGAGAAAACAACAAGCUUGCAGACUCCAUCCAAAGAUAUACAAUCUUCAUCAUCAAUAACAUGUAUCUCUCCAAUUUCAUUAUUGUCAACCACAGAAGGACAGAGUACAUCAGAUAUCACUACAUCCACAACAGUAAAAUCUUCAACAAGUGUGGAUGAAACAACAAGCCUGCAGACUCCAUCCACAGAAAUACAAUCUUCACCAUCAAAAUCAGGUACCUCUCAAACUUCACCAGUGUCAACUACAGAAGGACAGCAUACACCAAAAUUCACUGCAUCCACAAAAGAAAUAUCUUCAACAGGUGUUGAAGAAACGACCAGCCUGCAGACUCCAACCACACAAUUGUCAACCACAGAAGGACAGAGUACACCAGAACUCACUGGAUCCACAACAGAAAUAUCUUCAACUAGUGUAGAGAAAACAGCAAGCCUGAAGACUCCAUCCACAGAUAUACAAUCUUCAUCAUCAAUAACUGGUACCUCUCCAUUUUCAUUAUUGUCAACCACAGAAGGACAGAGUACAUCAGAAAUCACUACAUCCACAACAGUAAUAUCUUCAACUAGUGUAAAGGAAACAUCAAGCCUGCAAACUCCAACCACUCUUUCUAUUUCAACCACUGAAAUACAUUAUUCACCAUCAUCUCAAUCAACAUUUACAACAGCAAUUAGCACCUCCAUUUUGGAAUUCCCAACAACUGAAAUUGGUUCAACAUUAAAAAGUUCAAAUUUGGCAACAAGUACUUAUCCAUCUUCACCAUCAUCUACCCCAGAGGGACAAAGUACACAAGAAUUCAUUACAUCCACAACGGAAAUAUCUUCGACUAGUGUCAAGAAAACAACAAACCUGCAGACUUCAACCACUCAUUCUAUUUCAAACACAGAAAUACAAUAUUCACCAUCAAUAACAGGUACCUCUCUAUCUUCACCAUUUUCAACCACAGCAGGACAGAGUAUGCUUGAAAUUACUACUUUGACAACAGUAAUAUCUUCAACUAGUGUAGAGGAAACAACAAGCCAACAGACUCCAAUCACAGGAUUACAAUCUACACCAUCAAUUUUGUCAAAAUUUACAACAAAAAUGUCACCAAUUUUCACCACCACUAUAGAAUCCCCUACAACUGAAACUGAUUCAACACUAAAAAGUCUCAUGUCAACAAGUACCUCUCCAUCUUUACCAUCAUCUUCCACAGAAAGACAGAGUAUACCAGGCUUCACUACAUCCACAACAGUAAUAUCUUCAGCUAGUGCAGAGAAAACAACAAGCCAGCUGACUCCAACUACUCUUUCCAUUUCAAACACAGAAAUAAAGUCUUCACCAUCAACAACAGGCACCUUUCCAUCUUCACCAUUAUCAACCACAGAAGGACAGAUUACACAAGAAUUCACUGCAUCCACAAAAAAAAUGUCUUCAACUAGUUUGGAAGAAACAACAAGCCUGAAGUCUCCAACCACAGAAUUACAAUCAACAUUUACAACAGUAAUGUCACCCAUCAGCACUAUCACAUCAGAAUUACCUACCACUGAAAAUGAUUCAACACUAGAAAGUCCAAUAACAGCUACAGGCACCUCUACAUCUUCACCAUCUUCUUCCAUGGAGGAAAAGAGUACAACAGAAUUCCCUUUAUUCACAACUGACAUAUCUUCAAGUGCUGUAGAAGUAACUACAAGCCUGCAGACACAAAACACUCUUUUUAUUUCAACCACAGAAAUACAAUCUUUAUCAUCAAAUCAAUCUACAGCAACAAUAGCUUUGUCACCCAUCGCCACAACCACAUUAGAAUCAUUAACCAGAGAACAUGGUUCAACACUAGAAAGUCCAAUAUCAAGUAAAGGUACCACUCCAUCUUUAAAAUCUUCAACCACAGAAAUACACAGUGCUGCAGCAUUCACUCCAUCCAUUCCAGAAACAUCUUCUUCUAGUGUAAAACAAACAAGCCAGCAGACACAAACCACUCUUUCCACUCCAACCAGAGAGAUACAAUCACCAUCAACUCUAUCAAAAUUUACAACAUCUACAACACCCAUCAGCACGACAAAAUUAGAGUCACCUACAUCAAAAAAUGUAUCACCAUUGACAAAUCCAAUACUAACCACAGUUAGGCCUACCUCUCCAUCUUCACCAUCUUUUACCACAGAAGGAAAGAGUACAUCAGAAUUAACUUCAUCCACAGCAGAAAUAUUCCCAACAUGUGUAGAAGAAACAACAAGCCUGCUAACACAAACCAUUCGUUCUACUCCGAUUACGGAAACACAGUCUACAUUGUCAACUCAAUCGCCUUUAACAACAACUACAACACCCAUCAGCACAAAUAAAUUAGAAACUACAACUGAAAAUACAAUAUUAUCUACAGUUACCUCUCCAUCUUUACCAUUUUCUACCAAAGAAGGACAGAGUGCUUCAGCAUUCACCACAUCCAUCCAAUCUUCAAGUACUGCAGAACAAACAAGAAGCCAGCAAACACAAACCACUCUUUCCACUGCAACCACAGAAAAACAUUCAACACAGUCAACAUUUUUUACAACACUGGUAACCAUCAGCAUAAUGUCAUCUGAAUCUGCAGCCCCACCCACUACAACUUCCUUUAAUCAAGCAUCAAUACAAACACCAACCCAAACUGUUCCAGCUCAAACAUUCAACAUUUCUACACCAUUCACAAUUUUAAGCCCCACAUCUACUAGUACCAAGACUACUUUACCCCAAUCCACUAAACCACAAACUGCAUCAUCAGCAUCUGAACUUCCAUCAUCAGCGUCAAUUUUCACUUCAAUUUCAACAACUCAUAAUUGUAACCAGUGUCAGUGUAAUGGGUCUCCAUGUGUCUUCAAUGAAACAUCAGGGAAAUGUCAAUGCCAAUGCAAUCCUUUCACUUUUGGGGAUUCGUGCAAUUUUGCAUCUAGUUCCUCCUCAGUCAGCUUGUCUGGAAGCAUACCCACAAGGAAGGCAAAUAUCUCUCUUAGAAUUAUGAUGGACUAUAUUUCUGACUACGACAAUUUGAACUCUCCAAAUUCCAAAAAUCUAAUUGCUAUCUUAAGACAUGAGCUUUCCAUCCUCUGCAAGAGAGCAGAUGCACAAAACUUCAAAGAUGUACACAUCCUCAGGCUAAAGCCAGGAAGCGUCAUUGCUGAUAGUAUUGCAGAAUAUAACUAUCCAAACAACAACUCCCAAAUUCAGUUUCUAAACCAAGAUUUGGGAACCACACUGGAAAACAUCUUUAAUGACUCAAAUUCACUUGGAAAUCUCAGCGCAGCUCUCGGCAAUGUUCUCAUUCAGUAUACAACUAUUGCCAUGCAGAGAGUCGAAAUAGCAAAUAUUUCAGAUCUACAGCCAUUUGUGCGCUGCAGUGUGGAUUUUGCCAAUUUCACUGAGGAAAUUGAAAAUGGAUCAUGGAUAUGUGCAGGGCCAUGCAAAAAAAUACCCAACUACUGCAAUCAACAUGGGCAAUGCUUCAAUGAGAAGAAUGCAACACUCUGCCAGUGUGACCGUUCUUACUUUGAGGAGUUCUAUGGAUCGCAGUGUGAGCUGUACCGCAGAGGGGCUGGCUUCUAUGCCAUUCUCUUUGGGAGUUUAGCAGCCUUUGUUCUCCUUCUCAUCGUUUUGGCUGUGAUGAUUGUGGUGCUAUAUAGAGGCAAGAGUAACUGCAGGAUGUCAAGCAUAAGGAAGAUAUCACUGUUUGAUGAUGACUUCUUUGACUUUACAUCAAGAGGAUUCAAUAACAAGUAUGUUCUGCACCGAGAUUUUCCCGUAGCAGAAGACUCAGCACCUGGGAUUUUCAGAUUUUAUGAAAACGCACCUGUAAUGGAAAGACCAGAGCAACAUGAACUGUGGAUGUCUGAUGAACAGAGAUGAUUUCUUUACAAUAUGUUUCGGAAAAUGUGGACACCAAAAGCUCAGGGAGUCAACAUAUUACGUGCAUUAUUGAGUCUGAUUUGGCAUUAUUCAGAGUCUAUCAUGUAAAUCUUGUGGUGCAUUACAUGACUCUGAAAAAAAUAAAAAAUAAAUACAUUUUAAAAAUGUAUAUUUCUGAUGUAUUUACAAUGCUAACAGUUACAAGUUAGUGAUGAUACUUUUGUAAUGUUUGUAUUUGUUGGCAAAGAUGUAGUAUUUUUGAUAUUUGUUUUAAAAGGGUGUUUGCGUGCACUAUGUUCUGAUUUGCAUAACAUGUUUCUUCUGAAAUAUGCUUUCUUCACAUUAUGUAAUAAUUGCUGGUGUAGGGGAGUGUCCUAUUUGUCCCUAUUGUAUUAAUAAUCAUGAGGACAAAAGCUGCAAUGAGGACAUUGUUUACAACCAAACUUCAACUAUAAAAUAAACCACAUGCACACACACACACACACACACACACACACACACACACACACACACACACACACACACACAAAA